AUGGCUGAUUUAAACGGUAAGCUCGUCCUGGGCCGUCCCGUCAAGGUCAAUCCGGGAGUUCCCAGGGCAGACCUGCAGCCGCCGCUGGGCCGGCGAGACCUGGACCUGGACUCGCCGGAGCCCAGGGAGGAGUCAAACGAGCAGCAGCAGCAGCAGCAGCAGCAGCAGCCGGCGGCGGGGACUUACCCUCCCAAGUUCGUCUUUGAGCGGUGGACUCGAGACGAUGCGUCCAAGCAUUGGUACGGCUACGCUGCAGAGGGUCGCCGUCUGUUCGUCGGUGGCCUGCCUCGGAUGCGUAACCAGCCUACCGUCGACUACGAGAUCCGCAAGGUCUUUUACGGGUUUAACAUUGAGGCAAUAAGUAAAGUCAUAAUAUCUAAUAGGGACAAACUGCCCCUGUCUGGCAGCCAGUAUUACUACCUCUUCGUGGACCUAGAGUCUGCAGAGGAGGCCGACAAGGCUCUCAAGACCCUGGACGGCGUCAGCGCCAUCUACGGCAACCGGCUGCACAUAAGAAAGGCCAGAGGUAACUCUCGCAAGCCGUCUGAGCGAGACCGCUGGCGGGCAGAGAACGAGAAGAAAAAGGACGAGGAAAAGACUGCCGCUCAGGACCAAGAUCACCUCCUUGAUGCUCCAAUUGAAGCCGAAGGGAUCACCCAGUCACUUGUAUAG